CAGAUUGUUGAUAGGGCGACAGUUUAGCUGGUGACCGUCGGGGAGCGGAGAAGUUGUUUUUAGUAUAAAAAGGUUUUAGUUUUCAUUUGUGCGCCAUGGCAUCUCUAUUCAAGAAGAAGACAGUUGAUGACAUUAUAAAGGAACAGACUAAGGAGCUUCGUGGUACUCAGAGACAGAUCACUAGAGACAGAGCUGCUCUGGAGAAACAAGAGAAACAAAUGGAGAUGGAGAUAAAGAAGAUGGCUAAGUCUGGGAACCGGGAAGCCUGUAAGAUCCUGGCCAAGCAGCUGGUGCAGCUGAGGAAGCAGAAGAACAGGACCUACGCCGUCAGUUCAAAGGUCACCUCCAUGUCUACACAGACCAAGGUCAUGAACUCCCAGAUGAAGAUGGCUGGAGCCAUGUCUGCUACGGCUAAGACGAUGCAGACUGUGAACAAGAAGAUGGAUCCUCAGAAGACCCUCCAGACCAUGCAGGACUUCCAGAAGGAGAACAUGAAGAUGGGCAUGACAGAGGACAUGAUCAACGAUACGUUAGAUGAGAUAUUUGACGAGUCAGGUGACGAGGAAGAAUCUCAGGACAUUGUGAACCAGGUUCUGGAUGAGAUUGGCAUUGAGAUAUCUGGAAAGAUGGUGAGAGCCCCAGCAGCAGGGAAGAAUCUCCCUACUGCCUCUCCUAAACGGAAAACACAGAUCUCUGACGAUGAGAUAGAGAGACAGCUCAGAGCACUGGGAGUGGACUAACACACACACACACACCAUGGGCUAGGUCUGUGUACUUGCAGGCUGGUGGUCCAUGUGUCGGAGACUGGGAGACUGUGGCUGGUUAUGAAUAUGUAGUGACUAAAUUAUGGAAUAAUAGAAUGUCUUAUUAUGACCCAAACUACAAUCUGCUGAAGGAUGGGAUAUUUAUGUACAUACAGACAGUUGACUCCGGUGACUUCAAUGUAUACAUGAUAUUUUGGAAGGACCAAUCCUGUGGAAGGAUGAAGUAAUUAUGUUUUUUUGUGCAAUCACAUCUUUAGGUACAGUACUAUAGACGCUGGGGAUGUCAGACUACUGACGAUGUGUCUGUCUAGUACCACUUACAUUAACUCUAGGAACUACUGACGAUGUGUCUGUCUAGUACCACUUACAUUAACUCUAGGAACUACUGACAAUGUGUCUGUCUAGUACCACUUACAUUAACUCUAGGAACUACUGACGAUGUGUCUGUCUAGUACCACUUACAUUAACUCUAGGAACUACUGACGAUGUGUCUGUCUAGUACCACUUACAUUAACUCUAGGAACUACUGACGAUGUGUCUGUCUAGUACCACUUACAUUAACUCUAGGAACUACUGACGAUGUGUCUGUCUAGUACCACUUACAUUAACUCUAGGAACUACUGACGAUGUGUCUGUCUAGUACCACUUACAUUAACUCUAGGAACUACUGACGAUGUGUCUGUCUAGUACCACUUACAUUAACUCUAGGAACUACUGACGAUGUGUCUGUCUAGUACCACUUACAUUAACUCUAGGAACUACUGACGAUGUGUCUGUCUAGUACCACUUACAUUAACUCUAGGAACUACUGACGAUGUGUCUGUCUAGUACCACUUACAUUAACUCUAGGAACUACUGACGAUGUGUCUGUCUAGUACCACUUACAUUAACUCUAGGAACUACUGACGAUGUGUCUGUCUAGUACCACUUACAUUAACUCUAGGAACUACUGACGAUGUGUCUGUCUAGUACCACUUACAUUAACUCUAGGAACUACUGACGAUGUGUCUGUCUAGUACCACUUACAUUAACUCUAGGAACUACUGACGAUGUGUCUGUCUAGUACCACUUACAUUAACUCUAGGAACUACUGACGAUGUGUCUGUCUAGUACCACUUACAUUAACUCUAGGAACUACUGACGAUGUGUCUGUCUAGUACCACUUACAUUAACUCUAGGAACUACUGACGAUGUGUCUGUCUAGUACCACUUACAUUAACUCUAGGAACUACUGACGAUGUGUCUGUCUAGUACCACUUACAUUAACUCUAGGAACUACUGACGAUGUGUCUGUCUAGUACCACUUACAUUAACUCUAGGAACUACUGACGAUGUGUCUGUCUAGUACCACUUACAUUAACUCUAGGAACUACUGACGAUGUGUCUGUCUAGUACCACUUACAUUAACUCUAGGAACUACUGACGAUGUGUCUGUCUAGUACCACUUACAUUAACUCUAAGAACUACUGACAAUGCUUGACUUUUUCACUAAUAAACAUUUUGCAUGAGAA